AUGGUAGGCGCUCUCUGGAUUGACAGUGGCUCCGACAGUGAUAGCGAUGCUACCUCGGGCAAGCAACGUCGAAACAGACACCGUCGUAGCGCUAGUGCGGUAGGAGGUCCAUCUCGUCUAAGUGCAGCUCCCCCAUCAUCCUCGUCCUCGGUCAUCGUUCUAUCUUCGUCCCAAGAUCACGGCCAACUGGUUGCAGCAAAAGUUCAGCGCCAUGGAAAGGCUGUGGUUGGGACACUUGGCAGCCACGCUCGCCUGAUGGAUGCGCAUGAAAGUGUACAAGCAACACCAGCUCAGCGCUUGGCUCAGCUCCUCGCCGAUAAUUCUCCCGACACCUCGCUUCCUAGCUUCGGUGAUCUUCUACGACAGCACAAGUCACGAAGAGACGCCGCAGCGUCUGCGCAUGCCUGCGUACCAAGCGGUCAGGGCUCUACAAGCAUUUGCGCGUCGCGCCCAACAUCGACUGCGCUUCCAGCAGGUUCGCUCAGGCGCACCGUGUCCCAACCGAUCGCUUCCAGCUCGCAAGACAACCCAACUUCCUCUCGCUUCCGUCCAUCUGUUCGUCGUCCCACCAAGUAUGCAGGUGCAGAUGCGACCGCGCCGGAGGUAAUUGAAAUUGGGUCCGACUCGAUCGUCGAUUCUGCCAGUGAAGCUGAUGCCGAGCAUGUCCUGUAUACCUCUUCGCCCAUUCGGUCCCAGCGUAGCCUCAGAACUCAGCAGCCCUCCAGCCAGCCUUUGGUCUUUUCUCCGCCAUCUCGCGUUUCUGCGGCGAAAGGGCGAUCGGGUGAGGCAAGACGCACUCGACCGAAUCUCAGGGCUGACUCAGCUCCGAUUGUCAUCCUGUCUAGCAGUCCGCCACCGCCUUCGUUGCCGAGCACUAGCCAAAGCUCGUCUGGUCAUGCGGUUGGAUACAUAGCCGAAGAAGAGUGUAUGCUCCCAAACUUUCCAUCAUCGUCGCUUCCUUUCGAAGAUCCACCACCGAGCCCGCCCUCUACGCCCGUUGGCGCGCCUGCUGCAGAAGCUUUCGAUGCCUCGCCUUCGCUCAAGAGACGAGGCGUUCAUUCGGAUUCCAAACCUACGACGCCAAAGAGACCCAGGCCGAUAAGCAGAACUGGCUCUCUUUUAGAAGCUUUAGAUAAACUCUACGCAGCGGACGACAUGGCCAUGAUGGACCAAGACCAAGCUGAGAAUUCAGCUGACGGCGACCGCGUCCUAGGGAUCUUUUCAGCUGUCACUGCUCCAGAUCUUACUCGAAAGGAGAAUUCUAGUGCGCAACUGUCACCGUCGAAAGCUCAAAGAUCGGCUGCAGCCAAGGAAGCGCGCGAAGCUAAGGCACGCGAACGCGAAGCUGUCAAGCUUGCCAAGGCGCAAGCCGCUGCGGAAAAGAAACGGUUUUUGGAAGUCAAUCGUCUUCGCACGUCGAAAGCGGACACGAUGCGCGAGCUCAUCAUCGAUCUUGACCGUACGCUUUUCAGCGCCGGUCAGCCUUUUGCCGGAUAUCAAGAGUCGAUCCAGGCGCGUUUCGAACAGGAGGGAGCAAGUGUGCAUCUCUGCGAUGCUGUGGUAGCUCCGCCUUUGGUACGAUUCAGGAGGAAGGUCAAAGCGGAGUGGAACAACGAAAGACGACAUUGGGUACCACUGAAUCGAGAACAAGUCCGAAGAGAGCCAAUGGUGAUUGUGUAUAUCGAUGCAAAGCAGAUUGUGCAAUUGGUGGCGGAGGGAGGAGAGCAAGGAUUGGAGAGUUGGUAUGGCGAUUUGGAGCGAAGGUUGAGUGCAGCCGAUGGUGGUCGAGAGCGAGGUGACGGGCAGCAACGGCAGGUAUUUCUGGUUUGCCAAGGCCUGAUCAAGUACUAUGCUCGACUGAGGGCAAGUGAGAACAGGGCAUAUACGGCGCGCAUCCGACAGCAGUUGGCAGAGAGUCAACCCGCUGAUCAAGCUACGAGCACCGCUUCGGAUGCUGUUCCGAAGUCAGCACCACGGAGAGCCAACACUGCCAUCGGCAGCAAUAACCACAGCAGCAGCAGCAGUGGCGGGGGCGGCGUGCCUGCUCAAUCGAUCGUCGAACGCAGCCUGUUGCAGCUGAAGCUCGUUCACCGAUGCUACGUGAUCCACGCGGCCUCACUGGUCGAUGGCAUCGAAUGGCUUCAUCAACUCACGUCGGACCUUUCACUGAAACCGUACAAAUCGCUUCGCGAUAGCCACCUCUCGUUUGCCGUCGAUACCGGCCGCAACACCACGUCUUGCUGCUCAGCUGCCAUCUACGCCCUGAUGCUUGAACAGAUCCCACGCGUCACCCCGGCCAUCUCACAGAGCAUCACCACCAUCUACCCUUCGCUGCACGCGCUGCUAAGAGCGUACCAAAGCUGCAACGACGAAAGCGAGCAAAGGGCAAUGCUCAGCAGCAUCCAAGUAGUCAGCAACAGGGACGGAACCGAGAGGAGAGCCAACAGGACCAAUCUCGGCUUGCAGCUGAGCAAGAGGAUUCAUGCCGUGAUCAGGGGUACCAACGCCGACUUGCUCAUCAAUAAGCCCACCAAGGAUUGA